UUGAUUCGAAAACUAUAAACAAGAACAAGAAUGUUUUGUGUCUUCUUUCAAUCUUCUCUUUUCGUGCUUUCUAUUGUGUGACUGGAGUGCUGGAACUGAAACUGGAAGCACACGAUUCAUGUAUGUAACUAUGAGGUUGUCAAAGCUGUGUAAUAACAGAGAAGCUGGCACCACGAAAUAAACUUUUUAUUUUAUCUGAGAACAAGUCUAAAAGUAAAGAAAAAACAAAGGACAUAAAGGAACUGAGCAUCAAAGGAGUGCAAACAUCAGGAGUUGUACUUUUAUAAUGACAAUAAAUGCUCCCAAAUGUUGAGCUACAGCUCAUGUUUGCCCUCAACAUAUUCCUGUCUCUCCUGGACAGUGAGUGUGGCUCAUGCUGGCUGUGCGUCUGUCUCGCCUGGUAAACUGCACACCAGCCUUUAAACCCUUAACGUCCCUGAUCAAUCUUCAGCCCGACCUUUUCCACAGUCUGAAAAAGCAAGUUCACCCUCAUGUCAGCAGUAAACGUGUCUCUUCCGCUGUGAGCUCAGUGAGUUUGUCAAACGUCGGCUCUGCCUCGCUCAUCGGUCGACGAAAGACCAACGAAGACCGCUUCAAGAUCUGCCAACCGGCCGUCAACAUCCUCUACUUGGCGGUGUUUGAUGGCCACGGAGGACGAGAAGCUGCCGACUUCUGUGAAGCUCGUAUGGAGCAGCACAUCAAAGGUUUUGCAAGACAAACACAGAACCUGGAAGUUGUUCUAACAAAAGCCUUUACAGAAGUGGACAAAGAGCUCGCUGAACGCUCUCCAUCAUGCCAGAGCGGAACGACGGCCACUGUGGCGCUCUUGAGGGACAACACUGAGCUGGUGGUGGCCAGUGCGGGCGACAGUCGGGCCCUGCUGUGUCGUGAGGGCAAGGGGCUGCAGCUGACCAGCGACCACACUCCGGAGAGGAAGGAGGAGAGAGAGAGGAUCGAGAGCCGUGGAGGCUUUGUGGUGCCGAACAGCUGUGGAGAUCUGUACGUCAACGGUCGGCUGGCUAUGACCAGAAGCAUCGGUGAUUUUCACCUGAGGGAAUUCGGUGUUAUUCCUGAGCCUGAGAUCAAGAGGAUCCUGUUGUCCCACGAACAUGACUCCUUCCUGGCUCUGAUCACUGACGGCAUCAGUGUGAUAAUGAAGAGCCAGGAGACCUGUAGCAUCAUCACUCAGAGUCAGGAUCCACAUCAGGCGGCACAUAGAGUUUGUGAGCAGAUGUUUGUCGCAGGCUCUGGCUCAUGGUUCUGAAGACAACGUCACCAUUAUCAUCGCGCCACUUGGCGCUUGGGGGAAGAGCAUGAAGUCAGAGUAGAAUCCCCUAUCUGAACAUCUGACAAAAAAAAGACAAAAACAAGGUUACAACAAUUUUUCCUACUAAAGCAUCAGCAGAUAUGUCCUGUUUCAGUCACAUAUUUAUCUUCAAGAAAAAAAUGACAUCUGUUUCACUCCACUAGCUCAACUUUAAUAAUAAAUCAAAAUAGUAUCAAAUCAAAUAAUAAUAAUAAUAAUAAUGAAAAAAAGAACAUGCAAAUAUGUAGCAUACCUUGUCAAUGUGUAUUUGUAUUUUCCAUACCAUUGUUUACCUAACAAUUAUUCAACUGAAAAGUGAAACACAUCUAUGAUGUGCUGUUCAAAAUCCUAUUAAACUAUAUAAACACCAUUUAAAUGGACAAAAUCCACUCACACUACCUCUGUAAUCUAAAUAAACAUGUUCCCAGGGAGACAGGUGUGUAAUAUUAUAUAGAAAUAAAACAAUCUUUGUUUCCACAUCUUCUGCAAUUUAUUUAUUUGUGAAUGAAGCGUUACCUUAAUCCACCCGCAGGAGCUGCGUCGAAAUGUUUUUUUUUCUUUUGGGCGGCAACAGGCUUGUUUACUAACUUUAAGGUGUGUCGUGACAAACCUCUCCGUCCAGAUAGCUAAACUUUUCAUUACACUGUAGAUGAGAUUAGCCUACAUAUAUUACCAUAUAUUAUCUAUGAUUCUCUCUCUAUGAGUCUCAGACCAACUACUUCACAUGAAACAAAAUAUAUCAAAUAUACUUGUUUUUGUGUCAAAAAACUUUUGAUAUUGAAAUUAAAAUGCAUUUACAUCGCAAAUUAUCAU